AUGGAUUUCAUAUGGUUCAUAUUCUCAAUUCCUUCUGUGAUUGAUACAUUCCUCACUUCUAGACAUGCUGCAAAUAGUAUCGAUGGGCCUAGCGAUAUUGAUAAGAUAAAUGAGUCCAAAUUAGCUGAAGAGGCCAUCCAGCGAUCUUCCGGAUACAGAGCGGUAAACAUCCCAAGCUACUUUACAGGUGAACUAGAGGACUCCAUCGACUUGCAGAUCAAAUCUCUUCUCUAUGAUUAUCGACGACUUAAAAUCAAUGCAUUGAGUCCAUUUCUGAAACAGGAUCCUACAUCAGGAGGAUAUGACUUUGACUACGUACAUUCAUCUUACACCAAACCCAGUGAUACAAAGGAGGAUGAUUUCAUACACAACAAAAGAUUGGAUACCAUAUAUAAUCUCACACGGUUCAAAGAGGAACUAUUGAAUAACCCCUAUCGAGUCCUAAUCGACUACAUAAAGAAUAGGUUUCGUUCUUUGCUAAUUCUCAGCGACUCACCCGACCAGAUGCAUCAACUUCCGGAAUUGAAUACUGCACAGCAUUUUGAAUUUCUUGUGUUGAGGCCAAACGAUUCAGAAGAGAAGUAUGUCGAUGUACUUGUUAACAAAUCUGGCAUAUACAACGAACAUGGAGUAAACAAGAAACUCAGGAUGCAAAUAUUGAUGAAAGUGAUGAAUCGACAGCGUGAUCUCUGCGGUCCCAACACCUUCAAUAAGGAUGACAGAGCUAGUAUUAUUAAAUGCUAUCUUGAGAAUUUGGGACUACAUAUUCAAGUCGAAAGAAUAUAUAGGGCUACACUUAAAUCAAAGAGAAAAGAGGCUUGUGAGGCGCUGAUCAAGCUUUCCGGAGACAAAUCCUUUGAAACCUCUACGAAUCUUAAACGACGAAGAUCUCAGAUGGUGACUCAGGAUAUUACCACUGGUAACUGUCUUCAUAUAAACGAAGAAAAGCCCGUGGUUGUUUCAACGAACUUAUUUGAUGAGACCACACCGCACACGAAUAAUGGAAGACCUGUCACUCUUGGUUGCAGUGCUGAAAAAUUCGAGAACAUCUACAUUUCUGAAACCACAUCUGAUACACAUCUGAGGGCAUCUGAUUCAGAGUCACAAGCAUCAAGUAGUGCCAGUAGCUGCAGCACCAGUAAGUUUUUUUCCACAGAAGAGAAACUACUAUUCUAUGAACAGAGUAAGAUGGCUGUUAGAAUACGAAUUGAAAGAGAAAGACUCUAUUUGAUUUGA